CUACUGUAUGAUUGCAGUUACAUGAAAUUCUAGAAAAGGCAAAAUGUAAGGGAUCAAAAGCAGAUCAGAGUUUGCCUGGGACUGGGACUGGCAGGGAGAUUGUCUGCAGAGGGGCACAAAGGAACCUUUCUGGUGUGAUAGAAAUGUUCUACAGUGCUGUUGCUCAUGGCUGACACACGUAUAUGUGUUUGUCAAGACUCAUUUGCACACAUAAAAUGGCAUAUUUUAUUGUCAAUGACUUAUACUUCGGUAGAAUUUAAAGAUUAAAAAGAAAACAUAAAACUCGUCUUCAAUGGCAGAGGUCGGAACAGUGGUUUCUUGGGGGGAAUGACUGCCUGGAGAGGGCACAAGAUAGUCUGCUUGGGGACAGGAAGUACUUAUACCUUGAUCCAGGUGGUCACCCCAGGGAUGUAUACUUAUGUAAUGGUCCAUUGAGCUGUACAUUCAGGAUUUAUGUACUUUACCAUGUGUAAAUUAUACUUAGAAUUUAAAAAGUAUGAUGUCUGAACCCCGCUCCUGGAAAUUGGGAUUUAAUUGGUUCAAGGAUGUGUCCAAGCUUUGUUAUAUUUUAGAAGCCCUUAGGAGAUUCUAAUAUCCAGCCAGUGUGGAGAGCCAUUGCUUUUAGAGACAGGAAGGAGAGCAGUGUUGAGUCUGAGCGACGGGGAGCAGUCUGGUGGCACAUUCAGGGCAGGAGGAGGAUGUUCAGCUCAGCCUUGGCUUUCAGGGGAUUUGAGGUGAGGCUGGGUCUUCCAGGCUUCCAUAGGGAUACACACAAGGCUAAGCAGGGUACUGCAGACUUGGAGGCUGUAGACAGAGCUGACUGUGUGCUGAGUACUCUUGGGAAAUGUGUGCUUGUUGGGGUUUGCUUCUGCGCAGGCUUCUUUUCCUACUCCUACGGCAAGAUGGCAGCAGAUGAAGGUGCACGGGACACCUUGCGGCUCCAGUUCAAGGCCAUGCAGGACAUGCAGCACAAAAGGUUGCAGAAGCAGAUGGAGAAACAGAGGGAAAAGGAACUGAGCCUCGAAAGCAAAGUUGAUGACGAAAAAGAGCCCUUGGAGAUCUCGGAUGGCCUCAGCCUUCUUCAAGCUGGGGAGAAAAACUCAAAACACACCUUCGAGCAGAGGAUGCUUGAAGAGGAGAUCACACACCUUCGAGAGCAGCUCAGGGAGACAGUGGAUGAAAAUGGGCGAUUGUAUAAGCUGCUGAAGGAAAGGGACUUUGAAAUCAAACAUCUCAAAAAGAAAAUAGAAGAGGACAGAUUUGCCUUCACAGGGACAGCCGGUCUGGCCGGGGAUGUGAUCGCAACCAAAAUCGUCGAGCUGUCCAAAAAGAACCGGGCGCUGAUGGCAGAGUCAGAGGGUGCGAAAACCAGAGCGAAGCAGCUGAACAAUCGCAUCCGGGAGCUGGAGCGGGAACUGCAGGCGGCCCAGGCCAGGCUACCAGCCAAGGCGGCCACCGACGUGGGAGCCAAGGCGCCGAGGGCUCAGAUGGGAGACAGAGCCUUGCCAGAGACCCCAGAGGUGAAGGUCUUGCAGGACAGGCUGGCAGCCACAAACCUGAAGAUGAGUGAACUCCGCAACCAGAUCCAGUCGGUGAAGCAAGAGCUCCGGAUGGCCCAGAAGGUUUUGACCAGUGAGGUUGGGGAAGAUGUGAAUGUUCAGCAGCUCCUGUCCUCUCCUGGGACCUGGAGGGGUCGGGCUCAACAAAUUCUCGUUCUGCAAAGCAAGGUUCGUGAGCUUGAGAAGCAGUUGGGACAGACCCGGAGCCAGUCUGCAGGAACAUCCAGUGAUGAGCCGUCUGUCUAUCCAGACCCAAGGAAGCUGUCUGCACAGGAGAAAAACCUGCUGAGGAUCCGCAGCCUGGAAAGGGAAAAACAGGAGGGCUGGGAGAAACUUGUGGGGGAGCGGGAUGGCCUCCAGAGAGAGCUUGAAGAACUGAAAAAGAAGUUUGAGGGCAUGAGGUCCCGGAACAAGGUGCUAUCAAGCGAAGUGAAGACGCUGAGGAGUCAGAUGGGGACCCUGGUGGAGAAGGGCAGGCAUGACGAUGAGCUCAUCGACGCCCUCAUGGACCAGCUGAAGCAGCUGCAGGAGAUCCUGGGCAGCCUGAGUCUGCAGGAGGAAAAGACACGGGCGUCCCAGCUCCGCCUGGACCAGCAGGUCAACAGUGAGGCUCAGCGGAGCAGCAGCCUCGUUGCCCAGCUGCGGGCCAUGGUGGCCGAGAGGGAGGCCAAGGUGCAGCAGCUGGAGCUGGAGAUCGGGCAACUGGGCGUGCAGUAUCUUCGGAAUAAAGGAGUGGGCGAGGGGUCCGGUGGGCCUGAGGUCAACCCUGCCUACACUAAGUUCCUGGAGGACCCGGGCCAGACGAAGUCCCCGGCCUCAGCAGGUGAUCACGUUGGCAGGCUUGGAUCUUCUCGCUCGGUGACCAGCCUGGGCCACACGCUGGUGGAAUCUGCUCUCACGUGGCCUUCUCUGCCCAGUCCUCAUGGGGCCUCAGCCAGGUCCUCGGACUCCCCAGAACAAAAGGGCUGGCAGGCACAAGUGACAGAGUUCAAGGCCCUCUGGCAGGCUGCUGAGGUGGAGCGCGACCGGCUCACCGAGUUUGUCACUGUCCUACAGAAACGGGUGGAGGAGAGCAACAGCAAGCUUCUGGAAUCAGAGAAGAAGCUGCAGGAAGAACGGCAACGCAGCGUGGUGCUGGAGCAACACCUGGAGAAGAUGCGCCUGGAGCCUGGCAGGACGUCAGUCUGUCAGAGAGCAGCCCCCAGGAGCAAAGCAGGUCUGCCCACCUCCAACACCAGGCACAACCCGAACGGGAGUGAAAGGAAGGACCCCUCCUUCACCCAGCUCUCCAACGUGCCCGUGGAAUCACAGAUGGAGGAGCUGACCACCAGGCUGGCUGUCCAGGCGGAGGAGAAUGAGAUGCUGAAGGCCGCCCUGGGCAGCGCCCUGCGUGGCAAGGAGGAGGACUUCCGUAUGUACCACGAGACCCUGGGCCAGGUGAAAGGGGUCUUCCUGCAGGCCCUGCGGCAGCAGAAGGCGGACAAGCACUAGGACGGUGGCUCAGUGUCAGCCUGGCUGGAUGAGGCAGCCUUAGGCUCUGAGAGGAUGAGGCUCUGUCGACUCCAUCUGCUCUGGCAGCCAACCUGGGGCAACCAGCUCAGCCCCUUCUCCCAGAAGAGGUUCCCCGAGGGUGACCAAAGCCAACAUCUCAGACCAGGAGGGCAAAGGAAAAACCCUGGUUGAGCCCUGCCGGAGACCCUGGACAGGCGUGGAUACGGCAGGGGAGGAGGCCCAGCUGCCUGCUCAGCACCGGCGUGAGCUCUUGGACAACAAGCCGGCUGUGAACAGACGGCGGUCCCCUGGGCAGGUGCUCACCACCCUUGUCCUAGGACCUAGCUGGGAGUCCCUGUCUGCCCACAUGGCUCCAUAUGCACAGGCGAGCCCUUCAUGCUCCAGCUGGGAGCGUCCCUCAGGCCACCCAGACCCACCCACCCCCCCCUGACCAGGGCAUACACCCCCCAUUCUCCCUUCCAUGGCUCCAUCCGUGGCCACCCCCAACCUUUGCAGCCUUGGGGACAUGUGCUCCCAGCCACUUUGUCAGCCCGCUCUUCAGGGGUCUUCCUUAGAUGCAGACCCUCAGACUUGUAAUAAUAAUGAUUAUUCUCAUAGUCACCACA